UCNGGUCUGAAAAGGAACAGACUGGACACACAUAGCAUCAUGCCUAUUAUUGGAUUUAAACAUAUGGAUGACUAUGAUUAUGCCCUGAAGAAGCCUAUCAGUUCACGGUAUGGAGAGGGGAUGUUCUCAAAGUACCACAGGACAGAUGGUACCACUUUUAAUCUUACAUGCAACAAAGAACAGCUGAAGCAGAUAGAAAGCCGCCUGAUCCAAGCAGUCUUGCUGUACAAACGGCGAUUAGAAUGGCUGACCACAGAGAGCCGCAGGAUAUUUGGCGUCAUAGAAGAGCACUGUAUAUGUAUUGUACUGGACAUCAAGAACCUGUCCCCACAACAGUUUGACCAGUACCGGUCAGCCUUUGAAAGAGUCCUGGUGGAACAGGUGGCCCAGAUUGCCAAAUUUAAUUUGAUCAGAUCCGCAGAAGACAUGGUGAUGUUCAAGCCAGAGUUGGUUCCUGUCACCCAGGAAAGCCUGCAGGAAGCCAAGGACUGGCUGUGGAACUUGGACAGGUGUGCUGCCUUCUCCAACACUGCCACCUGUGAGGCCGUCCUUAAAGCCAUGACAGACAGAAACGUUGAAGCUGUGUACCUGUUUACAGAAGGCUCCGCGUCUGAUGGAUCCAGAGAACUUCUCAGAACUAAGCUCCAUGGUGGCCCUCUUCCCCUACAUGUGGCCUCAUACAAUGCUACCAGUGUGGAAACAGUGGGCUUUCUCAAACAACUCUGUGAAGUCACUGGAGGAAAGUUCCAUGCCUAUGGAGUUAUUAUGGAGAUGGAUGCCUAUGAGGGUGUACCCGUUGACCCCAACACCAACCGUGCCAAUAUUGUCCUGAAGAGGAAGACAUUUGGGGGAGUACCCCAGGGGGCAGGGGUUCGGGAGGAUGUCAUCAAAGUUUUUGAGGAGCUGGAGGAGGCUAGGAACACCCUCAGCCAGAUCCAGGCACUGAUAGAAGACAUGCCUGACCAGAAAAUGAUAGAGAGGACAAAAAGUGACACUGCUCUCUCCUCCCGGGGUGGCUAUGUCCCCAGGAAACCACUGAUGACCAGACAGAGCUCCAUGACAGAUACAAGAGGAAGAAAAGCUGUUGACUACCCUCCUCCUCCCCCCAAGGAGAAGAGUGAGCAGUACAUGAGUUCUAAAGAAUGGCUAGAAAUGAAUGGACUGAAGGCUAAGAAGUUGGGGUUCUAUGACAUUUUGGGGGGAGUGGCAUUUAAACACUGUGAUGGCGUGGUGGAUCUGAACCAGAAACCAGAUUAUCAUGACUUUCAGACAGAUGCUAGAGUCCAGCCUAAGCUCAUCAAUGCAAGAUACUGUGAUAAAUUUGCUCAUGUGAAGUGGAAGAACGGGAAAGUCGUUCACGUGCAGGUGACGCCUGAGGUGCACAGGAGUUACGAACGCCGCGUGAACGUGGUGCUAGACAGUCUGCAGCAAAGGAUUGACUGGCUGCAGCAGGGAAGUAGGGAACUAUUUGGUACAGUGAUUGAGGACCAGAUCUACAUCCUGAUAGACACCUCUGGUUCCAUGGCUCCUAGCAUACAGUUUGUGAAGGAUAAACUCUUUGUACUGAUGCAGGAGCAGCUGAGACACAAACAGAAGUUCAAUCUAGUCAGUUUUAACAGUAAGAUCAGCCCCUGGAAGGACAGGUGUGUGGAGGUGAAUGAGAAGAACCUGCAGGCAGCCUGGACCUGGAUCAAGAACCUGGAAUGUGUCGGCUCAACUAACACACUGGCUGCACUACAGUUUGCUCUGGCAGACCAUGCCACACAGGCUGUGUACUUGUUAACUGAUGGCAGGCCAGAUCAGCCACCAAGGUCAAUCCUGGCACAGGUCCAGCUCCAGCACGCCGUGCCGCUGCACACCAUCUCGUUCAACUGCUCAGACAAGGAGGCCAACCAGUUCCUGUGUCAGUUGGCCAAGGACACUGGGGGGCGCUACCACUACUACUCUGAACACGGCCAGGACCCAGACAACCCCUCACCAUGGGAGAGUGAAGACAUUCGACUCCUGAGAAAAGAACUAGAGCUGGGUAAAGAAAACCUACAAAAGAUAGCCGAUCUCAGAGAUGAGUGCGCUGCCUUAGCCUGGAAGAAAGAAAAUGUCCGCUCCUGCAGCAAAAACCACAAGCUAUCCUCCACGGAUCGCGUGUCCACUGUCCCGGCUCUCAACCCCUCCGAGCUUUACAGGUCACCUGGAUCUAACAGACCCAAGAGUGCCACAGGGUAUAGAUCUACCAGCCACAGCACCCCCACCCCACCGCCACGCCCGUCCUCAGCCACAGGGUACAGACCCCGGUCAGCAGGGGCCGGAGGACGGUCAGCUAGAAAUCGAACAGUGAGCUGCCCGCGGCCUGCCAGUGCCAGAAGACCUUUGGUUGCAGGUCAUACCAGAACUAGUCUCCUCCGUACCCUGAGUAGCAGUGCCAGGUUCUCCUCCAAUGAGUGGCUGCUCCCUGAAACCAGAGAACUGUUUGAUAAACAGGCUAAGAGACUGGAAGAAGAGGUUGAGGGAAAAGUUGUAAUUGAAAAGAAAAGAAAAAAGAGGGUGUCAAACCCAAACAACAUGUCUGCUAAGAUGUGGCUGAAGCACAAUGGCUUACUGGCUAAGAAACUGACCAUCCUUGAUGCUCUGGCGCCCACCAUGAUAGAACAGAACGCAAAACAUAUCCCCGUCCUAGACGCCUACGCACUGUCCAAAGUUUUUGAUGAUUCUAUGCCAUUUGCUCAUGUUUCCAACAGAAGACACAUUCACUUGGUGAACCCAGACUCUGUUGAUCUCAAGGCAUAUGAAAAUAAAGUGUCUGCUGCUGUUGAAAAAUACAAAAAACGUCUGGAUGCAAUGGUUUGGAAAGCAUUGCCCGCCACUGAAAGGGAACAAUUUGGCAGCACUGAACCCAUAUCAUUUGAGGACAACAAGCUGGCACUGCUGCAAGCUCUGGAGAGGUGCGGAUGGCCGGUGAAAGAGAGCGACAUCUUAGCCAUGGAGGGCGAGAUUUCUCAAGGCAGGAAGUAUCUUCUUCAGUCCGAGGGCUUGAGAAAGGCUUCAGAAAAGCAUGGCCACAUUGGCUGCUCAGAAAAAUCAGAAUCAGAGAAUGAUGAUGCCUCAAGUGUGGCAUCAAGUCCAAGGUCAAUGUCAUCCAAAGGGUCAAAGUCAUCAAAAGGGUCAAGGUCACCCAAAGGGUCACAGACAAAGUCACCCCGGGGCAGUGUGGCUAGCAGUAAGGAUUAUGAGGGCCUUGGUGAGGCUAUUCAGUCCAAGAGUGUGAAGGAGAAAGAUAAAGUAUUGUCCAGUCCGGCCACACAGCGUAAGGUCAGAAAGGUACUGGACACUCUACGUGGACAAAGUGUAAUAGCCAGGCUAGAAACAGAUGGACUUUAUUAUCCUGGCAUGGUGAUAAAGUGCACAGACUCCAGGCAUGCUCUAGUGGAGCUCCAUGACAACGGUAAACACAGGAUAGCCACCAGAUUUAUCAUACCUACAGGGGGUGCUGUGUCAAGACCUCCUUUGAGGGAAGGAGAUUACGUUCUAGCCAGGGUGAAGAAUUCUGAGACAGAGAGGGAGUGUUAUGUCCCUGGUAUAGUACAGGUUACUCCACUGAGAUCUAUGGAUCAAGCCAGGUUUUUUACUGUACAGCUUUACACUGGGCAGGAGGCCACAUGUAUGAGGAAUUAUCUCAUCAAAAUCAGUAAGACCAGAUACGCCUUUGCUGUUAGGUAUAUCAGUGAAGUGGGCUAUGAGAAUGAGGACAGUGUCCAUCUUGAGAUUAUUCCAACCCCUCGUAGCACCCAUGACAAAACACAUAUGCAUGAUGGUGGAGUAGCCAAAUCAGAUGGUGGUAGUUCAUCAAGGUCAUCAAGGUCUGGUUCACCAAGGUCAAGGUCACGAUCAAGGUCAAGGGAAUCUGAUAAUGAGGAGCUGAUAGCAACUCACAGAAGUAAUGCAACAAAGCACAUUCUCAAAGAACACCAGGAGAAGUUGGAAAGUCUGCAGAACACACUGAAAGAGCACAUAGAGAAACACAAUGAUCAACAACGGAAACUGAGAAGACAGGCAAGAAAGUUGGCAAAGAGACAGAAAAGACUACAAAAAGAACAGAGAAAGGCGGCGAAAAAGGGUGGAAAAACAUUGAGCAAGGAGUCUCUGGAUUCAAGAAACCAGGAGGAGACACAAUCCAAGAAAAGCCGCACAGAAGAGUGGCUCUCAGAUCAAAACUCCUCGGACAAGGAAGAUGAGAAGAAAGAUGAAGAAAAGCGGAGGUCCUCAGACUGCCAUGACUCUGAAAAUGAAGACAGUCAGAGGAGAGCAGUCAGGGAUUCUGAUAAUGAAAACAAUCAGAGGAGGGCAGCCAAGGAUUCUGAUAAUGAGAGUGAAGAAAGUGAGGACAAUAACAGUGAACCUGAACAUCAGCAACCUGCUGUUAAUCGGCCCAUAGUUAUUCCCUCCAUAGUGAGGCUGAGGCAGUCGUUGCCACCAGCUGAUGUUGGAGAGGAGGUAUUGGCACGUUGGUCGGAUGACGGUUGGUAUUAUAGAGGUACAAUACGCGAGAAUUGUGGGGACUGCAGCUAUUUUGUUGAAGAUGGAGCAGGAGACAUGGAAAGAAUUUACAGGGAGGAUAUUAUCACUGAUAAUGAUGAUGUACAACAAUUGCUACAGGAAAGAGGCACAGUUGUGGCCCGUCAUCCCAGCUUUUCAUUUAGUUACGCACCAGCUGUCGUUCUGUCACUGUACCAGGAUUUACAGAUGACGGUUCGUUUUUAUGAUGGCACAGAAGCCAAGUUGCCCUAUGAAGAAGUGUACAGGCUGGCGCCAGAAAAGUUUGAGCACGAUGUGGACCAUAUCCUAAAGUGUGAGGACCAGUGGGUGGGUCAGGCUGUAGUGGCAAGGAAUGAUUUGAUUGGAACUUAUCAUCUAGGUGAAGUUAAGAAACGCAUUGGUAAUGGGAGGCAGUAUGUAGUGGAAUGGGCAGACGGAAACAUGGCUGUUGUCAUGGCAACUAACAUGUUUGGUGCGUGUACCAAGCGGCAUAAUCUAUGUGUUGGUGAGCGGGUGCUGGCAGUAGCAGACGACGACACUUUGCUGUACCUCCCUGGCACCGUGACAGCGGUGGAGAGUGACAGGAUUGGGGUUAGGUUCAGUGACGGCACCAGGUCCAACUCGGUGGACCCAGUUCAGUGUUUCUGGCUGUCUGAGGACUAUUAUGAAGACACUCUGGCUUUUUUCCAGAAGAAAUCAAGACAAUUGACAGAUGUGUAAAUUAUGAAAAUCUCUGACAUUUGCUGAACUUUCCACAUUCCCUAACAUGUUGACACAAGCAAUAAUAUAUAUUGAACAGAUGCAAUAGCAAUUAAUAAUGGAAAAUUGAUUAAGAGAGAAAAUAUGAAAUUAUACACAAAAAAGGAAUUUAACCUUUUGAAGCUAAAUAUUGCUAAAAAGUUGGUAUAAUGAUAAAUCUUAAAGAGGCAUAGACAUCUUUCCUGUGAGCUGACUUAUUGUGAUUUUGCUGUUAAGAUUUUUUAUGCAGUAAAGCUUCACACAUACUAUGCUUUUGUAGUGAGUGUAGUAUUUUAUAGUUUGCUAAGGCAAUAGAUUUUGUAAUUGGCUUUCUUGAUACUCAUAAUAUCUAUAUUCAAGAUUUUAAUGAUCACACUCUUUUUCAUCCUCUUUCAAACCUAUAUAAAAAAGCAUGUCUUUCAUUAGAAUUAAAUGUAAUUAAUAGCUCAGUUGAGUUGAUAUCGUCUGGUUGUUUUAAGUGCAAAGCGGAGUACAUGGUAGAAUCAUAAAUAUAGGCAUGUUUUUACCAAGUGAAAGCAUAAGUGUGAUUCAGCAAAAGUGAUAAAGUUGAAUGCAAUAUCUAAUUCAGACGUCAUCAUUUUGCCUCAAAACCAAGCUAAGUAUAUCAAGCAUUCUAUAACUUUAAAAUUUGCUCAAGCAAUUUGUUAAAGACAGUUUUCCCUUAUAUCCAAUUUUCUGCCACAUUUUCUCAAAGUGCAUAGACAAUCUGCAUAUGGCUAAAUCUGUGAUAGACUUUUCUUUCAUUUUUUUCCAUCUACAUGUGCUCAACUGUUAGUGAACUUGAUUUUCAGUGCAAUAUCUUUCAUGACCUACAUUUCUGACAGAUAUUUUUAACUGUAGUGUCAUUAUUUUCUGCUAUAGCAUAUUUUUAUACCAUUGUGUACUGUAGUGUAGAAUGAGCUUGUAAU